UCUUCCAAAGCCAGGAUCCCAUAUAAAAUCUACAUCAUCUUUCCCAUAACCAUAUAAUCUUCUCAUAUCAAAAACAUCAAUAUUAUUUGUGUUUAUUUAUUUAUUUAUUAAUGGCAGCAGCAGCAGAAGGAAAAGGUUCAGUAAAACUUCUAGGCUUAUCAGCAAGUCCGUACGUAAACCGGGUUCAGAUUGCCCUCAAUCUCAAAUCAAUUGAGUAUGAAUAUCUACAAGAAACAUUCGGCACAAAGAGUGAGCUUCUUCUGAAAUCAAACCCGGUUCACAAGAAAAUCCCAGUAAUGAUCCAUGACGAUAAACCCAUAUGCGAGUCCCUUAUCAUAAUACAAUACAUCGACGAACAAUGGACAUCCGGUCCGACCAUUCUCCCAACCGAAGCAUAUGAUCGAGCCAUCGCCCGUUUCUGGGCUGCCUAUUUGGACGACAAGUUGUUUCCUUGUUUGUUUGAGUACUGUAUUACGGCGCCAGAGGAAGAAAAACCAACUAAAUUUGAGAGGGUGAGAGAAGGGUUAGCCUUGUUAGAGGAAGCUUUCAUGAAAACCAGCAAAGGGAAGACAUUUUUUGGUGGAGAGAAUAUUGGGUUGUUGGAUAUUUCGUUUGGAAGCUUCUUAGGGUUGUUGAAAACAGGGGAGAAGAUGAUGAAUGUGAAGAUUCUAGAAGAAUCCACCACACCUAAUCUUGUGGCCUGGGCAGAUUGUUUCCUUUCACACCAGGCUGUAAAGGGUGUCAUCCCGGAGACUGACGUGCUCGUCGAAUUGGCCAAGAAACGAAAAGCUAAAAAUUAAUCUAAUUAGACUCUUUUCUUUUAUAAAAUAAAAUAAAAUCAAAUAAAUUGUUGUAAUUUGCUUCUAUUUUGUAGAAUGGCUCUUUCUUGUAUCUUAAUAAUAUUUGUUAUGGAUUAUGUGUGUGAAU